ACCGGGGCUAACUUGAUCAAUGCGGAGUCUGGUUGAAGGGGUUUGUUCCCGGUUCCUUGUUGUUGUAAACAGUUUCCCCGCGUGAGUCCUACUCUUUCCGUCACGUAGCUCAUCAGAUACAACCGGAGUGAACCACCGGAGCCCGUAUGUUUGGAUAAACUUGUUCAAAUGGACUUUGUGUAAAUAUUCGGGGCGUUUUAAUCUCAGACUCUCCGUUAGCCAAGAAUGCUAACGGAAGUUAGCGUAGCGUGCUAGCUGGAAAUAGACGGAGACUGAACUCGGCCACACAGAGUAGGUCGGAGAGACUAUUGGAUAGAGACCAAACUGUAUGUUUCAUGGACCCGCAAUGUCCAGAUAAACCUGUCUGAAUGGACUCUGUGCUGUUCCCUUUAUUUAAAAAACGUCUGAAUUAUCUCCUGGUGUCCUGCGAAGCUAAGGAAGUUAGCUUGCUAGCUGGAAGUACACGGACCCGAACGCAACUUCACGGCGCACUUCAGAGGGAGCAAACGGAUUUUAACGGAGUCUGUCAUUGUGUGAAAAUGUCUAAAGUCCAAAUGCUGAGAGCUUUUGUCAACCAGCGACUAACUGCGGCUGCUGAAGAGAUAUUUGGGCUGUUUGAAGGAACGAUAGCAGAGUACGAGGAGGAACUUUGUCGUUCAAAAGAGAAGAACGAGCGACAACAGAAACUGCUGGACGCUGUUUUAAACCCUCAGCUUCGGUUACACAGAGCAGACGUCCAGCAGCUGUCGGUGGUUAAAGCAGAGGUUCCCCCUGAGCAGCAGGAGUGGAGCUCCAGUCUGGACCAGGAGGACCCAGAGCCCCCCCCACACAUUAAAGAGGAACAGGAGGAACUCUGGACCAGUCAGGAGGGAGAGCAGCUUCAAGGGCUGGAGGAGGCUGAUAUCAAGUUCCCGUUCACUUCUGUCCCUGUGAAGAGUGAAGAAGAUGAUGAAGAGAAAGCUCAGUCCUCACAGCUUCAUGGAAGCCAAACUGAGGAGAACAGAGAGGCAGAGAGAACAGGAGCUGAUGGAGAGGACUGGGGAGGACCAGAACCAGCCAGGAACUCAGAUCCAGAUAGUCCUUUACAACCAGCUACUCAUGACAAGACUUCAGACUCCUCUGAAUCUGAGACUAAUAACAGUACAGACUGGGAGACUAGGGAACCUCAGUCAGGUUUAAACCCUCUGCAAAACAAUGAAGUAGCUGUAAGCGAUGUAGAAUGUAAUACUGGAAACACAUCAGUUAGCUCCUCUGAAUGUGCUGGAAGCUUUGGCGGAAAUAUCUUUGGAUUCAGUCACACUUUGGGUCAACACACGACAACCCACACAGGGAGGAAAUCAUUCAGUUGUUCAAUUUGCAGUAAAACAUUCGCAGACUCCAGAAAUCUGAGACGACACAUGUCCGUCCACACAGGCGAGAAACCAUUUAUUUGUUCAAUUUGUGGUAAAGGCUUCGCUCGAAAGGCACAUCUCCGGCAACACCUGGUCAUCCACACAGGUGAGAAAACAUUCAGUUGUUUCUUUUGUGAAAAAAGAUUUGGAGAACGUAGCUCUCUGAAACGGCACCUGAUUGUCCACACAGGGGAGAAACAAUUUAACUGUUCACUUUGUGAUAAAAGAUUCGCACUAAAGCAACAUCUGAAACGGCACUUGCUUGUCCACACGGGGGAGAAGUUAUACGCUUGUUCAGUUUGUGAUAAGAGAUUUGCAGACCCUAGUGGUCUGAGACGACACUUUACGGUCCACUUUGCAGAAACAGUUGCUCAGCCAAUUCUUUUCCAGCAGAAUUAAAGGUCCUAUGACAUGGCUUUUUGGAUGCUUUUAUACAGGCCUUAGUGGUCCCCUAAUACUGUAUCUGAAGUCUCUUUU